AUGUCUGCUUGCCAACCAUCCGCACUGGCUCGGCUGGUGUCAAAAACAGAUCAGUUUCCCGCUGCCACUAAAGCUUUCACUCAGAAUCCAAACUUUCAUUCAAAUGCUUCGCGGUCAAGACCACAGGAAAAGGCCGGUUUUGAUAGCAACGGCCGUCCUAAUCGCUUCCUAGAACCUCCUAGUGGCUCCCAUGUAAUCCAAGGAAUACCACCGCCACAAGCUCAGCACAUCGGUCAAGACACUCAGUCCUGGGCAGACCAAUUUUCACGCAUGCAACUUCACGACCCUCUGAGCUUCACAAACGAGUACCAGCAGCUGUACAAGCAAUACGAAACUUCCCAACAACCACCACAACCACAGCAACAACCACAGCAUUAUCAGCCUCUUGCAUCGGCAAAUACCCCAUUUGCCCUGCAACAGCCCAUACCCGUGUAUCGGCCCACACUCGCGCAAGAGCAAGCAUUUUAUGCAUCAACUUCUGGUGCCUCUACUCAGAGCGAUAUAACAACCCUGGAAAAAAACAUGUUUGCUCAAGAGUUCGACAAGCUUGAAAGCGAGCUAGGCGAAGAACCCGCUUCUUUCACCGAAUCUGCUUCUCUUUCGCAUGAGCAACUCAAGUUUCAACAGGCUGCUUCUGAAAUAAACAACCGAUUUUCCCCAGGAACGGAGACUCCACCCCAACUAGAAUCUAAGUUCCAAAACUCUAAGUUUAUGGGACUCAUACGCAAUAUAAGCGAUGGUGUGGUCACUUUAAAGACUGACGACAGGAACAACCAGAAGUACACCCAUCUUUUUUCGCCCAGUACGGGAGAGCUUGUGGGGAAUGAGUAUUUCCCUGUCUCUGAUGCCACCUUGGGUGUGUGA